AGUCGAAAAUUUCAUCUCGUUGCCUUCGAGAAAAAAAGUAACACAAAAAAACAAACUUAAUUGUCAUAACGUGCCUUUAAUGAGAGGAAGAAAAGAAGGGGAUUCGAUACAGGUUAUAGGGGCAAUCAAAGUAACUAACACAAGUGAUGGAAAAAACAGAAGAGAAAGUUCAAUGCAAACAUUUUAGUCAUGGACAUCAAUUGGAAUACACCAAUAAGCUUCCUCCCAAAGGAAAUGCAAUUUGUUCUGGCUGCAAACUCAGUAUAUUUCCUGAUAAAUUCUACUACAAAUGUGAAACAUGCUCAUAUUUCCUUCAUCAAGUGUGCUUCAACAUGCCCAAGAAUUUGGAGCAUCUUGUGGAUCCAAUCCAUCACCUCACUCUCCUACCCAUGCCUUCUUCAUCGAUUCAUGACUCCACAAGAUGUAAGGCCUGUGAAAAAGAAAUCACUGGCUUUUCUUACACUUGUGCUAAAUGUUAUAGCUAUUAUCACACACUAUGCUUAGCAUUACCUCUUACACUAAAACUGCCAUCCCACUGCCACACAUUGGACUUAGAAUUCUGUCCUCCCUAUGAUUUCGAAUGUGAUUUAUGCAAAAAGCCUUGUUAUAAAGGUUGGCUUUACCAUUGCAGCUCUUGUGAAUUCGAUGCACACAUUUCGUGUGCUAUUACACACAAAGGAGAAGAUAUUCAUAAUCCUUGUGAGUCGAUUUAUCAGAGCAAAUCAUCUGAUCAGGUGCUCGAGAAAGAAACUAAAACUGGCAGUAAAUGCCACGAGUUGAUGGAUUUACUAUCAAAAUACAUGAAGGGAACAGAGAAAAGUAUUAGUCAAGAUCAUGUUCAGCUUCAAGUCCAACAACAAACACCAAGUUAUCAAUUCAGUGAUGGCUGCUUUUCCAUUGAUCUUGCAAAAUCUCAGCUGCUAAAUGAUGAACAAAUGAGAAAAGGAGCAGAUUAUCAUGCAGUGGAAAUUCCAGAAUCUAAAGAGAAACAGAAUGUCGCCUACGUUACUCUGACAAAAGGGGUUAAUUUAUCUUCUUCAAGUGGGAUUGGUUCUGAAGUUUGGAUGGGAUUAGGCAGGGAAAUGGAGAAGGCUUAUCAAACCAAUGAUUCUCACAAAGAACGGUUAAGGAGUUCAUGUUGUACAGACAUUCUUAAAAAUUUGUUUUGUCCAAAGAAGUGAAAACUGUAAACGCGGACUAAGUGAAGACACUUAAAGCUUCGAGGAUACAAAGUACAAAUUCGAAAUUGCAGGACGAACAGCUGCCAUAUGAAUGCCUUUACCCUACCUCUUAUGAUGUAAAAUAUUACUAUUCUUAAAGAAAA